AUGGGGUUUGGAGAGAAACUGUUAAGCUGGAUGGACAGCUGCAUUUUUACAAGUCACACCUCCAUUAUCAUCAAUGAAGCACUACGUAAGGAUUUUAGGGUGAAAAAGGGACUCUGUCAAGGAGAUCCAUUGUCUCCUUUUCUAUUCGUUUUGGUUACGAGAGCGCUAACGGGACUCAUGAAAAGGGCAUUGGAACGAGUAGAUUUCAAAGGGUUUAAGAUCAAUGAAGUUGAUGAGGUUAACCUUCUGCAAUUCACGGAUGCCACAAUCAUUGUGGUGAAUGGUUGUAGUGACAACUUCUGGAUGAUGAAGUCGAUGCUAAGAGGAUUUGAGUUGAUGACGGGGACGAAGAUCAACUUUCUUAAGAGCAAGCUUUAUGGCAUCCAUGUUAGUGAUUCGAUUAUGGAAGCGGCGUCAAAUUUUUUGAACUACGAUAUUGAUGUUUUUCCUUUCAAGUACUUAAGUGUUAAAGUUGGUGCUAUUCCUAGAAACGUAUCAAUAUGGAAGGAUUUAAUUAGUCAGCUGAAAUCUAAAGUGUCCAAGUGGAGAGGUAGGCACUUGAAUAUGGCGGGUCGAGUUACGUUGAUUAAUUCGGUUUUGAAUGCUAUACAGAUUUAUACUCUCUUUUUACAGGUGUUAUAA